AUGUUUUGGGUGGUAGCAACAUCUUAGAUCAGCUGUCAAAAAAGCGCUGUAAUUGUCAUCACCGUUUUCCCGUUGAAUAUUUUGUUUUUAACGCAAAUAUCUCUAAAAAUCUUAUCGGAUAUUGAAUAAUGAGGAUUAGAAACGUUUGAUCUUAUCUGCUGGUCUAAUUUGCAUGAAAUAGAUAGUUGUAAACAUUAAUUAAUAACCUUAACGUGGUAAUGAAAAUAGAUUCCCUGCGGGGUGUUUAUAUUGUUAUUUAGUGCGGUCUAGAUAAGCAAAAUGAGUUAUAAUUCUGGUGGGAGUGGUAGCAAGGGGUUCGGGUUCGCUGGUUUUACGAUGCCGAAGCGCAACCCGUCGAAUGUGUCGCUGCAUGCGGUGCCGCCGCCGACGACGCCGAUGCACGCCGUGCCGCCUCCUUCCACGGGCCUGUCGAAGCAGGGCUACUCCACCAUGAGCGCCAUCACACAGAACGCCGUCACUGGCAACUGGGGAUCGCUGGGGAAGAAGCGAUCCAAGACUGAGGAUGAGUACUUUGAUGAAGAUGAUGAGCCCCCAACCCCAGCCCUGGCGUACAUCCCUGCCCCUGGGAGCCCGACAUAUGAAGCUGCUUCUAGUUCUAAGGCUGCAGAAGAAGAUGAAGAGGAUCCCCUGGAUGCCUACAUGGCAGGCUUGGAGCAGCAGGCAGCUAAGGACCUGGUGGCCAGCAAGGAGAACGCAGUCAGUGGCAAGGGAGACAGCGGCCGAGGAACCAGAGGAGAUAUUGAUGAAAUGGAUGAUGAAGAGAGUUAUUAUAAGUACAUGGAAGAUAACCCCCUAAACCAUGGCGACGAUGGUUCAGACAUUGAAAUAGAAUACGAUGAGGAUGGCAACCCCAUCGCCCCUCCCAAGAAGAAGUUCAUUGACCCCCUGCCUCCCAUCGAUCACUCGGAGAUAGAAUAUGAACCGUUUGAGAAGAACUUCUAUGUGCCACAUGAGGAUAUUGAACAGUUAACCCCACAGCAGGUUGAGGACUUGAAGAAGAAUUUGGGCGUUAAGAUAUCGGGCCCAGACCCGCCGCGGCCAGUCAGCAGUUUCGCUCACUUAGGCUUCGACGAACAGCUGAUGAAAGCUAUACGUCGCUCCGAGUACACACAACCCACGCCCGUGCAGGCCGCCGGUGUGCCCGCUGCGUUGUCUGGGAGGGAUCUUAUAGGUAUCGCUCGCACGGGUUCCGGUAAGACGGCAGCGUUCUUGUGGCCGCUGUUGGUGCACAUCAUGGAUCAGAAGGAGUUGGCGCCCGGGGACGGACCGAUUGGGCUCAUUCUAGCGCCCACUAGGGAACUUGCACAACAGAUCUACAUGGAAGCGAAGCGCUUUGGUAAAGUGUAUAACAUCAGAUGCGUGUGUUGCUACGGAGGCGGCUCUAAAUGGGAACAGUGCAAGGCGUUAGAAGGCGGUGGUGCAGAGAUCAUAGUGGGUACCCCGGGUCGUGUGAUCGACCUCAUCAAGUGCAAGGCGACGAGCUUGCAGCGAGUCACAUACCUGGUGCUCGAUGAGGCUGACAGGAUGUUUGAUAUGGGUUUCGAGCCGCAAGUCCGAUCAAUCUGCAGCCACGUGCGUCCCGACCGGCAAGCGCUGCUAUUCUCCGCCACCUUCCCGCGACGCGUGGAGAGACUCGCGCGGGAUGCCCUGCAUGACCCCGUGAGAGUGCAGCACGGCGCUGCUGGGGAGGCUAGCGCUCUGGUCACGCAGCAUGUCAGAAUAUUCCACAAACCAGAGCAAAAAUGGACGUGGUUACUAAACCACUUAGUCGAGUUUCUCUCUGCGGGGAGUGUUCUAAUAUUCGUUACUAAGAAGUUAGAGGCGGAACAAACGGCAGCGAACUUGGGCGUGCAACAAUACGACGCGUUACUCUUACACGGAGACAUGGAACAAGCCGACAGGAACAAAGUUAUCACGGCCUUCAAGAGGAACGAGAAUAAUAUACUAGUCGCUACUGAUGUUGCAGCUCGUGGUUUGGACAUCCCGCACAUCCGCACGGUGGUGAACUACACCGUGGCCCGGGAUAUAGACACGCACACGCACCGCGUGGGCCGCACGGGCCGCGCCGGGGUGCGGGGCGACGCCUACACGCUGCUCGACCAGGCCCGGGACAGGGACUUCGCCGGACACCUGCUCAGGAACCUGGAGGGAGUGCAGCAGGAAGUACCAGAGGACCUGAUGCAGCUAGCGAUGCAGUCGGCGUGGUUCCGCAAGUCUCGCUUCAAAAAGGGCAAGGGCAAGAACCUUAACGUUGGCGGCUGCGGUCUAGGUUACAAGGAGCGUCCGGGCCUGCCGCCGCCGAAGGAGGAGUCGUCCCCCGCGGUGAGCGUGGACAAGUCGCACGGACCUGCUACUGACAGACUCGCCUCGCUCAAGGCUGCCUUCCGGUCACAGUAUAAUCAGUUCACAGCCUCAACAGACCACUCGUGGGAACAGACCCGGCCCUCCAUCCAGCCCGGGGUGAACGCCCCCGCUGCCCCCGCACCGCCACCAGACGACGCCCCCCAGGAGGAGAAGCCGGAAGACAGAGCCGAGAGGAUCAGGAAGAGUGGGAAGAGAAGCCGGUGGGAGUAGAGAGUAGGACGCGGUGGCUGAUAGCCUGGAGUUGGUUCUGUAUGUCCGGGGAUUUGUGUUUUGGGGAAAAUGUGAGGAGGAAAAUUGGAAUGAAAUAUGGUAACAUGUGUGUUAAAGAAUGUUAAAUAGGUAUGUCAUGUCACAUAGGUAUCAUAAAACAUACAUAAUAAUAUGUAUGUAUGUUAUUGAAGACAAAGGUUUUUAUUUUAUGUGGUGAUGUAGUGAAGUGACAAGUGGCUUUUGUAGCGGCAAAUUGAAUUGAAACGUGGUAACUAGUUAUUGUUUAAAUAAAAUUAUGUAUUGAUUUACCAGUAUGGAUUAAACCUAAGUUUUCCGACAGUGAAUUUAAGAAGUAUUGGCAUUACCGAAAAAACGUGUUUUCCCCAAAACAUAAUUUCAAAACGACGGUGGAUUAUAAGAAUUAAAGUGAGUUGAAAAUCGUUAUAGCACUCCCAAAGUAAAGUAUUUAGAAUAAUGAAUAUAAUGCUGGAAUCAUUAAGACUUAUUAUAAUGUAUUUUAGUACAGGACAAGCGUUUGUUAUUAUUGUUAUUUAUUUAAAUAUCUCAAUUCGAUGUAAUUGUUAUUUUAUUUCGGUUAUUAAUAUGUAUUUUACUUUCUAUGUAUACAGUAAUACCUCAGUUUUGGUACAGACAGUAACAAAACACUAUUAAAAUCAAAAUUGCAAAAUACCUGAACACUAAAAUUACAAAUUCAAAACGUGUUUCUAUUUUAUUUUUACUAUUUUUUUUUCUUUAAUAUUUAGGUUAUUUUAUUGAGGUAGUUGUGACCACCAUUGCCUUUUUCAGUAUUCAGGUGUAUUGUAAUUUUGCCUGUUAAUGUACUUUGUUGCUACCAUACUUAUAUGUGAAAAUUAUCAUUAAAGGACCAGCAUUUUACGCCCAAAAAUUGCCCCAAACAAUAAAACAAUAUCGAAAGCCAAUGUAAAUUAUAAAGUGCCUCAACGUGUAUUUGUUUAGUUGUAUGUAAUGUAAAUCUUUUAAUUAAUAGUUUGAUUAUAUUAGUGAAUUAAUUAGUCAGUAAUAUUAAGUAAAAUAUACUAGGAGAAGCGCUAAACAUAGUUAGGGGAUCAUGUACAUCUUCGAUUUAUUCUAAUGUCUGUAUGUGAUUUGUCUUGCUUAGGUUAUUGUAAAUUAUUCGACUAUCUUCAUGAAUUACUAUCUAUGUAGUAGUACUAUCGAGCAAUAACAUGUAAGAUCCGCUUUGUCAAAAAAUUCGUCUACAGUGCAUCUCGAACCUCGACCUUAUUGACAUUUGCUAGAAAGAAAGUGUUUAAGGCUGCCCAUUUCCGAUAAAUCGGUGACCGACUUUUUGUCGAAAAACUAUAGAAUACUCUGAUAGCAAUAGUGCGACAACGCACACAUGUUACAAAAAGUCGGUCAGAAAAUCCUUGUCAUAAUGUCAUAGGUAGGAUUUUUUGUAACUGUCCUACAAAAAGUCAGACGUGAGCGGGCAGCCUAAGGGGGUCAUUAAUGCCAUUGGUUGAUAGUACAUAUAAAAAAAACAUACAUAUUUAAUUCAUACAAAAUUUGUGGUAUUACUGUAAGUAGUAAACAUUUGAAAUAUCUUCUAAAUAAAUAAAAAAGUUGCGUUAAAAACUUUAUUACAAUACGGAUUUAUGAGCCACUGGAAUGAAAAUGGUCGACUAAGAUCGACUACUAUUUUACAAAAUAAUAUAUGGUUUAAUAUAAAUAUUACAAUUAUAGAUAAUAUUGUUAUAAUAUGUUCAACGAAGUCAUGACUUUAGAUAUAUGGGCCCGAAACAAGCUGUAUUUUAAGCGGAUAACAUAUACAGACUUUAGUGCCCACCCUGUGUUUUGACAUUAAAUCUAUAUGAAAUUCGAGUUAGUUACAUUAUUUAUAACCAGCCCCGGAUCUUCAAUUUAUUUUAGGCGGGGCAAAAACUGAAAAAUGCCGCCCUAUACUAAUACUAAUACCUACCUACUUAUGUUUAUUUUCACCAACGAUUGUAACUUUUUUGGUAGGUAAAUGAUUAUAAAAAAGUGUUCAAAUCAUUGUAGGCUCAAACUGUUGGCCAGGUUUAAGUAGUAGUAGUAAGAGAGUCGAGACAGAUUAAUGUACACAAAAAGUUAUUUUUGCUACAUUUGACUUAUGAAGGUAACAAAGUAACGUCUGUAUAAUAUUGCGCGAGCGAAGCGAGCGCGAAAUUUUUUGUGCCUACGACACAAAAGUACCUGAUGAAGGACAUUGUCAAGCAACAAGUAGCCGCGAGCGAAGCGAGCGCGAAAUUUUUUGUGCCUACGACACAAAAGUACCUGAUUAAGUACAUUGCCAAGCAACAAGUAGCCGCGAGCGAAGCGAGCGCAAAUUUUUUUAGUUAUUUGUUUGAAGACUCACAAAUUAAACUGAGAAUUAUGUACAAAUAAAAAGAAACCGUGAUUAGAGCGAGUGUCAUUAAAAUUUGUGUUCGUUGAUUCGAUGCGUCAAUAAAAAUAAUAAACCAUCAGAAAAAGAGCGCGUACAUUGUCAUUUAGUCGCGAGCGAGAAUUUUUUAGAAACUUUGCUUGUCAGUAUCAUGACACAAUGUGGAACUUCCUUAUCAAACGGGUGUAAUUUCAUCGACAUUUUCUGGUGGUGGGGCGCCCCGCGGCGCUCCUGAGACCGAGGCGGCCGGGUUAUUCGCACACCCUGCACCAUAGGUUAAGAAGACGGCCCUGUAGGUAACUAUUAUGGUAAUCUGUGAUGUAGGAUUUAAAAUCACGCAGCCGCCUGAUUUUGCCGCCCCCUGAAUUUGCCGCCCGGGGCAUGGGCCCCGGCUUGCCCCCCCCCUAGAUCCGGGGCUGUUUAUAACUCAGGGACAGAUGAAUCCUUGUAGCUGAAAAUCGGCUGAAGAACCAGGAGAUAAAGAUAUAUUUUUAUCUACAUUUGGGUACGGGAGAAGGAAGCUAGUCUUUUAUAAAUCCCGUAAAGACUUGAUUAGGGUUUGCUUAGUUCUUAAAUUGUAUUUUUUAAACAAAUAAUGAAAAUUAAGUAGGCAUGCUGCUUAAAAUAUCGCUUGUUACCGGCUUGAGUUUAGCACAACGUGUAAAAAUGUACUUUAAUGUAUAGCUUGAGAGUUGAUAUUCGUUUGCACCCACUGUGUUUUAUAAUAACCGAAGGCUGCUGAAUUACAUAAUGUUUAUGAAAUUUCAUGGUUCUGUUUAUUGGGUAAGCAGAGAUAUAGAUAUAAAUAUCUAAAUUGAAAUGACUCGCCCCACCACGCAUUGCUUGUAUGCAUAAACAGGGCAGUGGGGCGCGUUAAACUUAGAUAAACUAAAGUUUUGGUCGACUUAGUGACAACCGAGCAUUCCCGAUCCCGAAUGUCCCAAUAGCAAUGUGCUUGUUAUACCUAUUUUAUAUAGCUUUUAAUGUUUAUACAGACUGAAAUACCAUUUUUCAAUUAAUUACAAUUGAGUAAAUCAACAACGAGUUAUCCGUGGCCUUAAUAUAUAAAAACAUACAAAUUAUGCAUGUAAAAUUCAGCAUACACAUAGUUUGUACCGAAGUAGGUAAUUACUAAAUUAUGUCAUAUCUCUGCUUACAUAUUUUACUACUCUAUGACCGUAAAGUAUUGUAAUAAACAAUACAUUACGCAAACGCAGUCAAAUGUUCUAUCAGUUUGCACAUUAUACAUGAAAUAAAUAAUUAUUUUUAAUUUUCAACUUGUAAAUAAAAAAUAAAGUGCUAUUUAACGAA